UUAAUCGCAUGGAAUUUAGCACUAAAUCGAAACAAAUUUCCAACAUUUGACUGCGAAACCGUUCCUCACUUGGAGUGGUGAGUUCUCUGCGUGCGAUUUGAGUCGUUCUAGGGUUUUGCACUGAAACUCAACGAGCCAGGUGAGUUUCAGGGCUCGAAACGCACCGUCUUGACCUUCCGUUGAAGGGAACCGGUCACAAUUACAAAUCUUGCUUUUGCAGAGAGUGGCUUCAAAUUCAAACAAAGCCCCAGACUUUCCGAAAUUCCCAGGAGGUAAAGCGACGUCGUCUUCUGUUUCAGCUAUACGCACGCUGCACGCAGUUUGAGCUUUUUUUUAUUUUUCCCUCUUUUCCCUCUACACAACUGGGUCUUACCCGCUUGGUUUUGUUUACUCUCUGCUUCUAGAGUCUAGACUAUAUUUUAUGAAUAAAAUAGCCCAUUUUUGAACCCCAUUUCUCCUCGUCUCUCUCAAGCGCGACAUCAGAAGCCUCCUCUCUGAAGCUCUUGCUCUCCAGUGGCUCUAAACUUCUCUCACGUCUUUUAUCUUCUUCUUCACUCUCUCUGAAUUGCACAUUGCAAAUCUCCAAUCUCGAUUCGCUAUUUGCAACCCAAAGUUCCUAUAUGAUUUCUCAAAAUCGGAAUAGAAAUUUCAUUGAAACCGUGCAAAAAUGUGAAAGAAUUUCAUCAACUCAUAUACUUUCACAACCGUGAUUUGCUCGACUAUCGCCGACCCUUACCGAGGCUGCUGGAGCCUUCAUCGUUUGAGAAUACGAAGGAUAUGCUGAUUGUGGCUUCAUUUAUACAUUUGGAGCAUAAAGAACAUGUGAAGUAUACCUCAGAGCUUACUACUGUGAACCCAUGCAUUUUGCUCUCUGGUCCUGCACCUAUGGAUAUAGCUGUGUUCAUUCUAAAAUAAUUCGUUUAUGAUAUUUGGUUUUUGUUCUGAAUGCUAUUGCAGGGUCUGAGAUAUAUCAGGAGAUGCUGGCAAAGGCCCUUGCACAAUAUUUUGGGGCUAAGUUACUCAUAUUUGAUAGCCACUCCUUUUUUGUGUGGUUACAUUGGAGGAAAGAAACCCUACUGGGGUUCGAUCCUAGGUGCCAUGGGAGGAGGGGGAAUCCACCACCACUGUGGUGGGAACCUAUUGGCAUAGCCACUAAUUUUUGGGUGUCAGCUAAACAACACCUUCUUAACAUUUGCUUAAGUACUUCCUCCUAGUAUACAUCCUUAUUCUUCGGAUAUAGAGACUAAUCUAAUCGUUAUCAUUUUGUUUCACCAAAAAUUAUAAUAUUUUUUCUUUAGUAUCAUUAUCAAUAUUCCUUUUGUACUUCUGUCUUUAAUUAUAGCUUAACAGAGCUAAUUCGAGGGAAUUACCCAAUAACAAGUGUUCUAUAGGGUUUACUGGGUAUUCAUUUUUGGACUUUUGUUGCUGUUUUUUAAAAUUUUCCAGGUUGUUCCCAAGACGGGAGAUGACAACCGUUGUUUCCGAUAUGAUCCUGCUAAGCCAUAUAUAGGACCUGAUUUCAGGUAUGAGUUUGCAGUGUUCUUGAAAUUUCUUCGGGAAUAGUGUUUGAAAGGGGGGUUUUACUGCAUCCUGACUUAUGAUUUAGCUUCUGCUCUAAAUUGGAAAUUUAUUGCCUUGUGUAUUUUGGUUUAAUUCUUAUGGGUAUCCUGCUUAGUGGGACUGAAUUUUAUUUCUUGGAAUAUCGUUUGUCUCUUUUCUUGGUAUAUAUAUAUAUAUAUUUUUAUGUGUAUGUCCUCAAAAUUAAUGAUGCAUUUUUCCUUGUAGUUUAGUUUCUUAUUUUCAUUGGUUGGUACACGUAAAUUCUCAAAAUUGGUAUAUUUGGCUCGUGUAUCUAGGUCUAUAGGACUAUGAGCUUUUGGCGUCUUGUAAGGACAUUUGUCUCUAUUCUUGAUGCUUUUUGUUUUCAUGUCGUAAAUGUGGAUUUUCAGACUUUUUUUCUUUCUGUUUUUAAUCAUUACAAAACCUACUCCAAAUUUGAAUUUUUUGCUCGUUUUGCAUUUUGUUUUAAUAUUGUUUAUACAGGAUUAUUCCUCUGCUGUUUGGAGGGAUUGAAUGUGGGUUAUUAUAAGAACGCUUGCCUUUUCCCUUUUUACAUUUUGUGUUCAUAUCUAAAAAAUGAGAGAUGGUUUUGUGUGUUUUCAGGCUCUGUUGCGAGGUUUAUUCUUCACAGAGGAGAGGAGUACUGCUCUUAAGAGGGGGUUUGAUGCAUCUUUACUUAUGAGUUAGUUUCUUUUUUUCUGUUGGUUGUAUGAGUUUGCAGUUUUGUUUAGUUUCUUUUCUUCUGUUGGUUGUAUGAGUUUGCAGUUUUGGGCUUAGAUUUGAGGUCAUCAUUGUUCAGGUCAGCAACUCUGUGUCUUUUGGCGAGCAGAUUUAAGCAGUGUUUGGUUUUGUAUGAUUGAUUUGCAAGGCAUUUUGUUGGGUAGUUGUACAUGGAAAGACAACAUUGGAGAUAUAAAAUAAAAAUUAUUUUGUUGUUCCAAUUACUAUGGUAUGUAUUAGAUUUAUGGUUUGAAACUUGUGAGGUUUAUUCUAUACCAUUGAUGUCAACCCUUAUUGUGAUCCGGCGCGUAAAUUGGCGGACAACAAGUAUAGGACCAUCGAUUUUCCGUUUGAGCCGGCGGAUGGAGAAGUGAACACAGGACCCUUUGAGUUUUUGACAGAGAGGGUGACAGAGAGGGUGAUGGAUUUGGAUGGUCUUUUCACAUCCAUAGCUGGCAUUAUUUUUGAAAAGCCUCGAAGAUUGAAAAGUAUUGUAAAGUGAUGUGCAAAUGCGAUGUGCUCUUCCUAAACAAGACAAUCACUUGAUUUCGGUCUUGAAAUUUGAUCAACUCUAGUCUGAGGGCAUCUCAAUUAAUUAACUGAUAAAUGGAAUCUCAAAAGAGAAAAGAAAAUGAAGAGAUAACUAAAUAUGAAUAAAAUAAAUAAAUAGUUACUGUUGAGUUGAUUGAAAUUAUUAGACUCCUUCUCGAGCGUAGUGAACUAAGAUCAACUCAAUGUAGUCACUUCACUUCGUAGUGAACUAAGAACAGAGCGGAUUUUUGUUCUUCAUUCCAGGACUAGAGCUUUUUUACAUCCAAUAGCAAGCUUUCCCGUAAAACUCAACCAAGCUUUGGAGUUAAUUCAGACAUGGCUUCUCUUCAUGACAGUCCAGCUUCCAUACCCCAUUUCUUAAAGAUCAUUCUAGAUAAGACUUCUAAAAAGACCAGAAUUAAAAUUCCAAUGAAGUUUUUGAUGAGAUAUGGAGAGAAUUUAUCAAGUCCAGUACAUCUUAAGCUUCCAAGUGGAGCAGAAAUGGAAAUAGAACUCAGAAGAUCCAACGAUGGUUGGGUUUGGUUUGACAAGGGUUGGCCAGAGUUCUCAAAGUUGUGUUCUCUUGACUAUGGUAAUUCGCUAGUCUUUGGAUAUGAAGGGAACUCCAACUUCUCUGUGUUCAUAUUUGAUAAAACUGCUACAGAAAUUGAAUAUCCUAAGCCCGAGAUGGAAGAAACUGAUUCUGAUUCUGAAGAAGAUGAUGAUGAUGAUGAUGAGUCAGGCCAUGCCAGAGGAGAAAUCAAAAGAGAGAAUGAUAUGCCAACAAUGAAAGAUUUUGGAGGCUCAUCUAGCACUCGAAUUUUCCUUGGGAGGACGCAUCCAUUGACUAAAAGUGAAAAAGCUCUGGCUCUUCAGAGAGCCAAUGCUUUCGAAUCUGAAUAUCCUUAUUUCUUGGUUGCCAUUCAACCGGUUUAUAUCCACCGAGGUUACCUGCAUUUGCCAUCCAAGUUUGCAAGGAGACAUCUUGUCAAGAAGCGUGCACGUAACAUAAUCCUUAAGAUUUUAGAUGGAAGAACUUGGCUUGUCGAAUUCAAGUAUGAAACUUCAAUAGCUCGAUUCCAGCGUGGCUGGUCGGCGUUUGCAAGGGACAAUAAUUUGAAAGUCGGUGAUGUGUGUGUUUUUGUGUUGAUCGACUGCAAUGAAGGUUUAUUUAAAGUUUUCUUUUAUCGCACCAACGAUGCUGAAGAUUGUCCCUUGUCACCAGGCCAUGGCGGAGUAGCAAUUGAUCGAGUUGAGAAAAGGAGAAACCCCAUGAUUAAAGUUGAAAUUGAUUGCACCACAAAUUAUGAAAAUGGCAAGUACAAAAGGUUGAACACUGGUGGGCAGGUUACUCAAAGGCCUUUAAAUUCAUCUUCAAGGGCUAUUGAAGCUGCUAACAGGUUCACCCCAAAGAAUCCAUCCUUCAGAGUCACUCUGGGGUCAACACGCCUGAUAUUGCAUGUACCAGUUACAUUUGCCCGGAGUUUCGUCAAAAAGAGGAAGCAAACCGUGACUCUUCAGGUCAGAGAGAGAUCGUGGCCUGUGAAUUUGAUUGGUCAUACUAAAGGAUCAGGAGCCAAACUUUCUGGUGGCUGGUGUGAAUUUGUGAAGGAAAAUUGUUUGAUGGAAGGAGAUGUUUGUAUAUUUGAGCUCAUUGAGAGAAAUGACAUUGUAUUGAAAGUUCACAUUUUUAGAUGUUGAUUAGGCAAAGUUAUGUCAUUUAAAGAGGGAUGCAGAGAGCUCAGUUAUCACAUUUUGCUAUGUAAAAUGGACCACUAUUUGCUGUAGUUAAAGACGAUAUCGUGAUACUGGGAGUCACUUUGUAAUUUUAAUGGUGUUAAUUGUUA